GGGAAGAAGAAGAAUAAAUUCAGUUGCAGUAUUUUAUUCUAUCUUGUACUGUUAGUUGUGAGUUUGGAAGUUUUUUGGUAAUAUCUUUGCAAAUUUACAUGCAUUUUAUCUCUUGAAUUCUUGUUCGUGUACAAAUUGAAUUGGUACGCACAUUUUUACUGUUAAAAUGAAUCGAUGCGUAAUACCUGCUAUUAGUGAAGAUGUCCAAGGUGAUGACAGAUGGAUGAGCCAGCAUAACCAACAUUUAGCUGACACUAAAGAUAGAGAACCAGAUGUAUUGUGGAUUGGAGAUUCCAUUAUCAGCCAUUUGAAGCAGAGACCAAUGUGGAAUGAUCUGUUUGAACCGCUUCAUUCUUUGAACUUCGGUUUAUCUGGUGACACCACACAGAAUGUUCUCUGGAGGAUACACAAUGGUGCCUUGGACAAUAUAAAGCCAAAGGUAGUAGUUGUACAUGUAGGAACAAACAAUUUUGGAGACUCACCUGAUGAUAUUUCUGAUGGAAUUGUGGAAAUUGUCAAUGUUAUACGUGAACGACAUCCAGAAACAUACAUUAUUUUUGUUGAAUUGUUUCCACGAGGUCAUCACCCAAACCCCCUGCGUGAACGGAAUGCAUCAGUGAAUGAGUUGGUGAGGAGGAAGCUGCAGGGCAGAAGUCGCGUGCAGACGGUGAACUGUGAGAAGGGGCUGGUCGGUGCUGACGGCACUAUUAGCCAUCACGAUAUGCCGGACUAUCUACACUUUUCAGAUGCCGGGUACCGGAAGGCGCUGGAACCUCUACACGACUUGCUGUUACAGCUCUUGACGGAAGGUGAGGAAGAACGGGACCUCACGCCAUCUGAGUGAAGUGUCCUGAUGCGUCAUGUCACAUCACGUCGUGUCACGCAUUCGCAAGCUCUGAUCUGGGGGUCGGUUGAUCUCGGCUGUGCCGUUAUUAUCUACAAGAUUGAUGCUUUAUCUAGGAUAAUAUUUUUACCACUUAUUGUUGCGCUGCCAACCGGACUGAGUACUUUGUCAAUUGAGAUAUGUAAUUAUAUUCAGAAUGGGAAUUUAAUGUGUAAAUCAUGAAAAAUGCAGUUUGUACAAUCGUUUUAAUGCUCACCAGUAAUUGGUGAUUGGGAUAAAAAAUUCUUCAUGUACAAAUCUUGCUUUCUGAUGAUAUAAAUGUACUGCCUAUUUUUUGUGAUAUAACUAUGAGAUUAUUAAGCCACACAGUUAGCCAGUAAACAUAAUGUAUUUGAGAUGAAGGAUCGAAAACGCUUUGACUAAGUUUUGAAAGAAAUGUCAAGAUCAUAUUGUGUAAAAAAAAUAAUUCACAAGUUUAUUUUUCUUUGUACUAAUAAAAGAUGGAAUUCUAUUUUUAAAACAUAGUGAGAGUUGUAAACAAUUUCUAUAUCAGAUAAUAGAUAAAAAUUGCUCAAUUAUCAUAAUCCAUAAGUUUAUAAUAAUUCUCAAUUUUGUAUGUAUUUUUAAUUUUAAAUAUUGGUGGGGUUUCUGUUAUUUUUCUAAAUAGUUAUGUCUUGUUAGUAAAAUUGUUUGUAUACAUUUUAAAUUUUAAGGCAAUGUGGGAUUUGUAUUCUACUCAUUAUGAAGUUUGUGAAGUAAAUUGUAAUUUCACUUGCCUAGGUAGUUUAUUUGCUCUCUGUUGCUAUGUUUGAAGUGGCCAGCAUUGCACCGGUCAGAGCUUGGUGAAUGUGUAGUUAGGCAUUGCUUGGCUUAGGUUGCGUGGUCACUGCCACGUGUGCGAUUAUUGUGCAUACUUUACAGGGAUAUUCUCAAGUGAACAGCAUCACCAAAGUACGGUUCAGUAGUCCUGCUGUAGUUACAGUAGACAAGCGUUUUCACAGUGAUAUAUUUGGGCUCCUAUAUUUACUUAUUCAAAGAGUACACUUUUCUCACCGACUAUUUGAGAUGUAAAAUACGAUAGGCUAAGUUAUUUUAUCGCUACGUUGGUCCAAGCAAGGACUGGUUUCUCAAUCAUUAUUUGAUAACAAGCUGAUAGUUUGUCUGUGAUCAGUUAGCCUCUAGAUGAUUUUGUUUUGUUUCAAAUCAUAUCUUGUAAUUGUUGAAAUUCUUCAUUGUAUCUUUUAUAAUAAUUUUUCCUUAAAGUAGAACUUAGCAAAUAACUUAGUUCAGUUAUUGUUCAUUUGUCUCUGAGAGAUUUUAUAUGUUUGUAUUUACUAUUUACUUUGUAAAUUAUAGAAUCUAUUUGUUGUCUUUAAACCAUUUUAUUUCCUAAUUCUAAAUAUUCUAUGAGCACUUAAACCAACAAUUAGACUUGGAUUCCUUGUGAUUUAAAAUUUGCACCACUAAAACUUUGUAAAUACUGUACUACUGAAGUUGUGUAAUAUUCUGAUUAGUCAACAUUUAUUAUAUUACCAAACAAAGAUACAUAAAAUGUGAUAAUUAACUCAUUACAAUAAUAAUUGUAUUAUCGAGACUGUUUUUAUAAAAUUAAUAAUAAUACUGUUGAGCUUCAAAAUGUGGGUGUUUGGGCACAUUGAAACAAUCACACUUAAAAUCUAGCGAGUUCAAUAUGAAACAAGGAUCUACCUUAGAGCCUAGUAAACUAAGAUAUAAAUAUCUGUAUUGUGAUAAUAUAGUUUAUUAAUAAAUAUGGUAUCUCUAUUCUUAAUAAUUAAGGUUAGAUUUUAAAAACAGUGUUUCAUAAUUUUUAUUAAAAAAUAUUCCAUAAUAGUAAAUUAUAUUAAUUAUGCGGAAUAAAAAAAAUAUUGAAAAUUUCCUGUUGAAUAAAAUUCAUUACAGUUAUGAAGGACAUUGUUUGAUAUUAUACAUUAAUUAUAAUAUGUGUGAACAAAUAGUAUACAACUAUUGAUUCUAAUAUAAAAGUAAGGGCAGCGUUUUCUACUUCUCAAAAAAUAGCUUACCUUUUCCCGUCUUUUUAUAUCAUAAGCUGAUAAUAGAUUUGAAAGUUCUAAUUAGAAACAUAUCUCAGUUUAAAUUACCACAUAAAUGUACGUCUUAUGAUUAUAAUAACGUAAUUAACUAAAAACAUGUCAUCAAUUUGUUUUAAGAAAAAAGUUUUGUGGACUUAUAACGUGUCAUUCUCUUACAAUUUCUACUUGAUAGAUAAAAUGGAUUCUUUAUUAUCGUUAAGUAUUACAAACAUGCAAUAAAUAUAAUAAAUUCAUAUCAGACACAUGUGCUGUGCUGUGCAUUGUCAAAAUUUACAAACAACACGCUUUGUAUCUAAAUAAUUAAUAAAAUACUAAUUUAAUGUGACUGACUAUAUUAGAUAUCGUUGUAAUGCUAGAGAAGUUGUAUGAACGGAAAUAAAAUGUCAGUACCACGCA